AUGUCUGGCGCCGAAGCCGCACUCCUUGGAGUGGGCAUUCUCUGCAAUGCCAUGCAGAUCAUCACCUUCGCGAAAGACUCCCUUCAUGUCUAUCGCAACAUCCGCGACGGGCGAUCCCCCGACCCAAACCUGGACUUGUAUCUCAAAAAUGCGAAAGCAGCUUUUGAUGAGAUGAACCAAAGUGCCACGCAAAUGGGCCCACUCAACAAGACACACCAGCAAAUUGUGGACGUUGGCAAAAAUGUUCAUGACUGUGUGGAUGAACUCCAACAGAAGUUCGCCAAGCUACAUGUGGACAAUGCAUCAAAGCGAGGUGUUCGCGGAAGAGUCGCUGCCUCAAAAAAGAGUAUAGCAACAUUGUGGCAUGGAAAGGAACUUGAAGAUGCCGAAAAGAACCUCCAGCGGCAUGAGCGCCUGUUACACAGCCUUGUAUUGGAUCGCGUUUGCAGCCAAUCCCAGGCUGCCGAGAUCACCACCUUGCGAUCAUUUCAGCGACUUGAAGAUGGGUUUCAAAACAUCAUCUCACAACUGGUCAAUGGGUCUACCAAGGUUUCAGAUCUGGCCACCGAGUUCUCAUCAAACAGCGACAGGCUGGUCAAAGAGCACGCGACGACACGAACAGUCAUCGAAGAUCAUGUAGCUUCAGAGGGGAAGACAAUUCGUCUGAGUAUUUCUCAAUCAAUCAGCCAGUUCCGCGAGGAAUUGCUCCGUCGUGAGCAGGAAAAAGCCUUCGAGAAACAGCGCGAGAAACAACACGAGCAACUGUUGUCAAGUCUACGCUUCCCCGAAAUGAACAGCCGUAAGAACCAGAUAACCAACAACUAUCCUGGGACCUUCGAUUGGAUCUUUAAGACACAUCCCUUAUCACCUGAACCUGCCCAAUCUGAAGAUGGUAGCCAACUAUCCGGAGAUACAGAGGAAGACGACCCAGACGGAUGUGAUUCAGACGAGUCUAACUCGCACGAAUGUGGCUAUAUCGACUUUGCCGAAACCAUCGAACUUUCAGGCUUUGAUAGCUUUCCAAGUUGGUUAGAAUCUAAUGCAAACCUCUUCUGGGUCAGCGGCAAGCCAGCGUCUGGAAAAAGCUCGCUCAUGAAGUUUCUUGCUUUCAACCAACAAACGGUCAAUCAUCUCAACAAAUGGCAGUCCCACGUACGAAUUCUCACACACUUCUUCUGGAAACCGGGGCAACUAUUGGAACGAAGUGUGCAAGGCAUGGCUUUGUCACUCCUCUAUCAAGUGCUAGAUGGUCAGCCUGAUCUUAGUCGAAGGCUAUGGGAGACCCAGCCUUUCAUACGGCAAAAACGAAAUUCUUCAGAUUGGUCCCUCGAUGAUAUUUCAGAAGCUCUUGUGGUGGCGCUCAAAGCAUCUACAGAGCUCUUUUGCAUCUUCCUCGAUGGGCUAGAUGAGGCCAAAGACCUAGAGCAUCUCCCUUGGCCAGAUUGGACAGAUUCUCAAGUUAUCCAUAAAUUGCUGGAAGUCAAGAAUGUCAAGUUAUGCGCCUCUAGUCGAGAAGAACACGCCUUUUGCUCCUUUUUCGAAAGCGCGUCCCGACUGAGAAUACACCAGUUGAACAAUCACGACAUUACCCAUUUCGUGCGUGAGCGGCUCGAUAUCUGUGGGUUAGACUGUCGUGAUCGAGACUAUCUUGUGGCCAAGGUUGUGCAGAGGGCUGAGGGCGUUUUCCUGUGGGUAAUUCUCGUGGUAGAUAGCCUGAAUCGGGCCAUCCGCCAGAGUUACACAACUUUCGAGAUGCUUGAGGAGCGUCUUGCGCACACCCCCUCUGAUUUGACUAAACUUUACGUCGACAUGUGGGGUCGAAUUGGAGAUGAUGCCCAACUACCAAGUAUUCGCGCGAUCGCUUCUCGAUACUUUAAUCUCGUUAUUGUCACUCGCAAAAUGAAUGAUUAUCGUUGGAAUAGUGAUCAAGAACGAAGCUCCAUAUUGAAUUGCAUGUCCUCAUUGCUAGUCAUGGCUACAGCUAUUGAAGAUAUGUCAAUGAAAUCGAUUUUGAGUAAAGGUCGAGUAAUAACUGCUGAGGAACUUUCAGCCAGGUGUGCAAAAGUAGAGGGUGAGGUGAGGCUCGUUUGUCGUGGCCUACUCGAAGUAACCAACCCUGGGCAGGAGUCAAAGUACGUUGAAUGGAACGGAGAUCAACGCCUCUGUGACAGCAACUCGAGGAAGGUUGACUUCAUCCAUAGGAGUGCAUUUGAUUUUCUCAUGGAUACAGAACAUGGUCUUCAGUGCCUUCGAGUCUGUGGUUUAUCUGAAAGCGAACUCGUUUCGAGGAUACUCGCCGCCCAUCUUAUCAGAUCUCGAUUUCUUUGUGUUAACACCCUUAGCCUCGACUGUCAACCAAGCACUAUCUGGCAUAAGGUCAGGUACCGAGCCGGUCGUACUAACCCUUACCUACGGAUGGCUCUUGUUAUCGUUUUCGACAAUCGUCUCGCUAUAGAAAGGCCCUUGCGGACUGGCCUCCUGAAUAUUGUAAAAGAAUGGCAAUUAUCUGGGUCAUUUGGCGGCCAAUCGCAUUGGGCGAUUCCAAAGUCCUUGCAUCACACUAUGAGCCUGCUUGAGUUGGAGUUUAUAGAAACAGGAAUCUACGCGGCAUUCAUUAAUGGCUUUUACGGGCUAAGCGGCAUUUACAAUAUCAACACCACCAGCGACGAUGCCAUCAUAAAUGCCAAAACUUUGCUUGACAACUAUCCCGCCGAUCGAUUACUCAAUGCCAUUCCAUUCGUUCUUCGCGCACUUUCUUCUAUUGAGUCAGACCAUCUGGGCAUAAGGUACCCAUCGGAGUUACUCAAGUAUGUCCUAUACAGUCUACAGUGUAUGACCUCAGAAAAGGGAGAAAGUCCGGAUCUCAUGAGAAACACUAUUCGCGGUCUACAUUCCUGGUAUAUUGUUCAUUGCUUGGUGUCUCUACUGGCGGGUAGAUGGAAACCAAACCCAGCCGGGAUUCCGGACAUGGAACUAGUUUCUCAGCUUAGUAAUACUCUACACUCGGAAGACGAGUGGCAUCAUGAGGUCUUACUUGAAUUUCAAGCCUUUGAUGAUCUCGAUUUUACAUUGAUAGAGCAUCCCUACUUCACAUUUACCCAUGGUCACUAUGCCCUUGUUGUUGGAACCUUUGCUACUGUCUAUCGACUGCUGGACAAGGCCAUGUUUAACCGUUUGUCACAAGGUCUUGGCAGUGAAGUCCCACACACCUCUGCAUCUCAAUUUGAGCCAAUAAUCAUCGCAGAUCUGGUUGCUUACCGCUAA